AUGAUGAAGUUUGUUACAUUGGCUUUCGUAGCUGCUCUGACUUCUGGUAUCUAUGUAUCAGCAGCUGAAUUAGACUUGAGGAAAUUGGGAUUUGUCCUAUACGGUAAACACGGUGAAGGUGAUAAAACCGCAGUUGAAGUCGGUGUAUGUCCUCUUGGUGAUCUUCCUGAUACCGUUUUCCUCCAUAAAACUUUCAAGAAGGGAGACAAUUUCUUCACUUGGGUCAGACCAGUUCAUAACAAGGUAACUAAAGUUGUAUCUGGAAGUCACCUGGUAUGGGAGGCAGCAGCAUCCACAAAGGAAGUGCUCUUGGACCUGCACUUUUUCGGUAAACCAGCUGGUAAGAAGUUUGUACACCUAGAACUUCUACACCACUUGGGAGGUGCAGUUCAUGUAUUCCUUUUAUUCGAUGGCACCGCCGCUGCAAAGGUGCUUAGCAUGGCUGCCUUUGUAGCUGGUGUGCACGCCUUAGUUCCAGGACUUCACGAACUUGAAGGUGUUCCAGCACAUCAUCUCGUAAGCGCAUUAGCACUUCAUGCAGCUGCCUAA